AUGGGACUCUUUGAGGAAGACUGCGAACGACCAGCUUGCGAUGAUGUCAAAAAGAUGCUACCAUCCUCAUUGGAUGAGGCAAAACAACUCUCCCAAAAGCUAGCAUCGAAACAAAAGGUGCAAUGUCCACCCCGAAGUGCGGAACUCGGACGCUCUUCCUGGAAGUUGCUACACAGUAUGGCUGCCUGGUAUCCUGAAACACCCACUCAAGAUCAACAAACAAACAUGACGGCCUUUAUGCGAACCUUGGCCGAAUUUUAUCCCUGUACAUGGUGUGCUAAAGACUUUCAAGAGAGUAUAAAGGAGGCACCAGUCAAAGCCGAAUCUCGAACAGAACUUUGCAUGUGGCUGUGUGAUCAACACAAUCGGGUCAACAAGAAAUUAGGGAAACCAGUCUUUGACUGCAACAUGAAGAAUUUGGACGAACGAUGGAAAAAGUCCACCAAUCCCAAAUGUCAAUCGGAUCAUUAA